GGCCCCGGCGGCGGCCGCUGAGCCCCGGCCACGCUGGCUCCCGGGGACCCUCCCGAGAUGCCGGUGCGCAGCGAGCGGUGCCGCGCGGGCGGAGCCGCGGGUUCGGCCUCCUCGGCUCCCUCCGGGGCGGCCGCCAGCAGCUUGGUGCCGCCGCCUCCCAUCAACACGGCGCAGCCCGGCGUGGCCACCUCGCUGCUGUACAGCGGCGCCAAGUUCCGCGGGCAGCAGCGCAGCAAGGGCAACGCCUACGAGGUGGAGGUCGUCAUGCAGCAUGUGGACAUGGAAAACUCCUAUCUCUGUGGAUACUUGAAGAUUAAAGGCCUUACAGAGGAGUACCCAACCCUAACUACUUUCUUUGAAGGGGAAAUAAUCAGUAAAAAGCACCCUUUCUUAACACGCAAGUGGGAUGCUGAUGAAGAUGUGGAUCGUAAACACUGGGGGAAAUUCCAAGCUUUCUACCAGUAUGCAAAAACAUUUAACUCUGAUGACUUUGAUUAUGAGGAUCUGAAAAACGGGGACUAUGUCUUCAUGAGAUGGAAGGAACAGUUCCUAGUGCCAGACCACACUAUCAAAGACAUCAGCGGUGCUUCCUUUGCUGGUUUCUAUUACAUCUGCUUCCAGAAGUCAGCAGCAUCUAUAGAAGGCUAUUACUACCAUAGGAGUUCAGAAUGGUAUCAGUCAUUGAAUUUAACUCAUGUUCCUGAGCACAGUGCUCCUAUCUAUGAAUUCCGAUGACAGCUGUCCAGAACUGAUACUGCACAGAAGCAAACGGGGCAGGAGAGCAUGGCCUGCCAGGAGGACUGUGUCCCUGUCGGAGCACGGGAAUGCACGCUUCUCUCCUGCCCCUCGGACUCGCAAGAGAGAGAGCCUGAAUGUUAACCCACCAGCCCAAGGAGCAUGGCUGCUGGAGCUUAAUUCUCCCUCCUGUCGAGUGGCGAUUUGAUCUUUAAUCUGGUUUUAAGAUACCUUUAAAUGCACUUUCUUAUUGCACAGCUAGUUUCUCUAUCACUGAAAUUCCUCCUGGCUCUCCUUCUGGAAGCUGUUUCUCAGUAGCUGGAAUCGGUCUAUUCUCUGACUAAUAAGAAAACAUAAGCUUGGUGCUUGUAUUCUCCUUGUUACAGCCUGAUAUGGUUGAAAUCGCCAGGACUCAGGUUUCUUACCCAGAUUGCCAGCUCUGAUGCUCCCGGAGCCAGGCACGGCCGGUGUGUGAGGCUCUGCUUGGCAGGCAGCUGCUCAGCUGCAGUCUGUCAAGGGAGUGUUGGCUGAGAUGGAUGAGGGUUGAACGAGUCUUUGCUUCCUGCUGGCUAAUGAGGUUAGCCAGAGCUGCAGAUCUUUCAGGAGCACCGGCCCUUUGGAGCCGAGAGCUGUUCCAGUGCCUGGAUAUGCCACUGGGAAUUAGUUUGAUGUAUGGACUUCCGGGCUGUCAGUAAAGUGGUUCUGAACUCUGCUUAUAGGUGUAUAAUUUGCUCUUUAAUUAAGUUAAGGGUUUGAAGAAAAGAAAAAGAAAAAAACUUUUAUUAAAAAAAGAAAAUAUUUUUAUGGCUCCUUUUCCCAAGGACCCUAUGGCAAAUGCACAAUUACUCAGUUACAUUUUACUGUUUUCACAUUGAAAACCAGGAAUGUCUAUGUUAGUUUUUAUAUACAUGUAUGUAUUCAGCUAGCUUCUGCUUUGGGACAGUAAUUGGAGUGCAAGUGUUGAACAGCAUCACACAAACAGCUUGAACUGUUCAGCAUUUGUACUCAGCCCUCAUGCUACACCAACACCACUGCUUGAUACCUUUAUGCAAGGCAAAAAAAAAAAAAAGGAAAACAAAACAAAAAAAACCAACUCAAUAUCUCUCUGACUUUGAAAUGUUUCAAAUGAUAUAACUUAAGGCUUGUGUGCCAAAGUGUGCGUGUGUGUGUAUGCGUGUGCAGGUUUUUUUCCAAGACAUUUUAAAAGUUGGCCUCAGUUGUAUAUUUAAUGUGUCAGUCACCCCUGCAGGGCUUUUGUGGAAGUUUGGCUGGUGUUUUUCAGGCUGUUUGAAAACACCCCCCUGAAGCAGACCUGCAUUAUAUGCUGACAGGGCGGGUGCUGAGGAUGGGUUUGCUACCUAGGAGAGGAAAGCAGAGCUCUCUGCAUCCCUUGUGUUGGUUGUUUGGGUUUUGUUUUCUACUUCCUUUUGGCAGCAUGUGGGGUACUGCGCAGUAGCUGAGUUGCUAGUGUAAACCUUAACAGGAGUGGGUUUGGGUCUCAGUGAGCCUGUUCUGUAUGCACCAAGCUGGGAUUGUGCACGUUGGAGAGGUGGUGGGGCUGUUGGGAAAUGAUGCAGUGCUGGAAGUGCCCUUCUGUGGGCUGCUCACUGCGGGUGAGUCCUGGGCCCCAGAACCAGCAGCCCUGCCUGCAGAUGGAGGUGGGAGAUUGGAGCAAGUGUGGGCUGUUGUCUUGGUUGUUUGUUGCAGGUGAAUUUGUAGUGUCGCACAAAGGCUGAGGAGGAGCUGGAGGAGGUUGAGGCCGGUGUGAGUAGGGCAGCUUAGAAACAGAUUCUACUUUUAUUCUGAUCCUCUGGGAGAAAUUUGGCCUGCAGAAAAGUGAGGGAAGGCAUUUCUGCAUGCAUGGUGCUGGGAGAUGUCCUGGUUUUUGAGGCUAACACCAAUGGUGCUCCUCAGCUGUGAGAAGUGGAGGGAUGAGCUGUAGGGAAGGUGGCAGCAUGGGUGCAGACCCUUCCCCACAGCUUGCUUUCAGGAGCUGUGUGCAGUGCUGGCAGUGGCAGUAACCACCCUGUGCUGUUAGUGCAGUGUUACACUCGGGUUUCUAAUGCUGUUCAGUUGAAUUGGUUCUGUGGUUGUUUGCAGAAGCUGAUUAGGAAGGUUCCUGGGGUCAUUCAGUAAUGUAUCUACCUAGAAUUUUCCCUGCAGUUUUCCUGCGAGAGCUGCUAUGGGGAAGGAAGAGUGUUCUUUUCAUAUACCUCUGCCUGUCUCAUGGCAGCAGACACAAAAUACUUCAGCUGUAAUCCCAACUGGCCUCAGUAAGACGUGUUAGGGAUAGGGAACAGUGAUGUGAAGGGCCGCUUGUGUUCAGGAUUUCUCUAAAGCCUUGGUUUUGAUUUUCUUUUUCUUUGAGUUGUUUGAUAAGCUGAAGGGCUGUUCAGUAUGUCACAUUGUGGUGAGAGGCGACUAACGGGUGAGGUGCUGGGAGAGGAGGGAGUAACGGGGGAUCUGCAGCUUCUGAAAAAGGUGUGAGUUCUUUUUUUUUUUUUUUUAAACAAUGUUGGCUGAAGAAUUAGCAUAUUUAUGGAUGUACUUUGGAAAAGGGACUGGGAGAAGUAUUUUGUGGAGUUAUCAACGUCCAAAUUAAAAACAAAAUCUAUUUAAGGA